CGGCGUCCGCUAGCUCAGCUUCAGCUGUAUCCGCCUUGGGCUCGCAGCCGUUGUCCCGGCAACGCGCGGCGGCGCUGCGGCCCAGCCAAGAAGGUGGUUUAACGGAGGCGUAAAGACCUUGCACCGCUGGAGGUGAGAGAAUCAAAUCGGUUUCAGCCCUGACCAGGCCCGCAUUUUGUCAUGGCCCUCUACUUUGACCACCGCAUAGAAGCCCCAGAUGCAGUUGGGUCUCCCUCCCACAUCAGUUGGCACCCCGUUCACCCAUUCCUGGCAGUCGCUUCCAUUAGCACAGCCUCAGGAGGCAGUGUGGAUAUAUAUCGGGAGCAAGGUGAGUGCGUGCCAGACACGCAUAUCGAGAGGUCGUUCCGGGUCACCUCCCUCUGCUGGCACCCGACGCGGCUGAUCCUGGCUAUUGGCUGGGAGACCGGAGAAGUGGUCGCGUUUAAUAAGCAAGACAAGGAGCAGCAUGCAGUACCCCCGACGCAAACCGCCGACAUCACCGUCCUCAACUGGAGCCCCAACGGGAACUGCCUGGUGUCGGGGGAUAGGCUUGGUGUCCUGCUCUUAUGGAAAUUGGACCAAAGGGGUCGAGUACAAGGGGCAUCGCUGCUGAAACACGAGUAUGGAAAACACCUCACUCACUGCAUCUUCCGGCUCCCCCCUCCCGGCGAGGACCUCGUUCAGUUGGCAAAGGCUGCUGUGAGUGGUGAUGAGAAAGCCCUGGACAAGUUUAACUGGAGGAAGAGUGGCUUUGGAAGUUUCCUGAAAAUGGGACCUCAAGAGGGACUCUCAUUCUUUGUCAGCUUGACCGAUGGGACCGUGCACUACGUGGACGAGAAGGGCAGGACGGCCCGGGUGGCAUCCACGGACAGCCCCAUUCAGGCACUGUUCUACCUGGAGAAGAGACAGGUGCUGGUGGCAGUCACCGAGAGCCUGCUGCUGUGUCUGUUCACGGUGAUGCCCGAGGGUGUGGCCGAGGAGGUGAUGAAGGUAAAGCUGAGUGGAAAUAUGGGUCGCCGGGCAAACGUCGCCCUGAUCAACGGCAGCCUUCUUGUGACCGCCACUGGGGAGGCGGUCCUCAGAUUCUGGGACUUAGAACGAGGAGAGAAUUACGUACUGAGUCCAGAGGAGAAGUUUGGUUUUGAAAAAGGAGAGAAUAUGAACUGUGUUUCUUACUGUAGAGUCAAAGGUCUUCUGGCAGCAGGUACCGAUAAAGGGCGCGUAGCCAUGUGGAGAAAAGUGCCAGGCCCCCAGAGCAGCCAAGGGGUGGAGGGCAAAGACAGGUGGACCCUUCAGAUCCCCACUGAGCUCGAAGGAAACAUCACGCAGAUAAAGUGGGGCUCCAGGAAGAGCCUCCUGGCAGUGAACAGCAUCAGCUCCGUGCUCAUCCUCCGCGAGCAGGCCAUGUCGUCCCACUUCCACCAGCAGGUGGCCGCGGUGCAGGUCUCCCCGAACCUACUCAGCGUGUCCUUCCUGUCCACGGGGGUGACGCACAGCCUGCGUACAGACAUGUACAUCAGCGGAGUGUUCGCCACCAAGGAUGCUGUUGCCGUCUGGAAUGGAAAACAGGUGGUGAUCUUUGAGCCUUCUGGAGCUACAUUACGAAGUGCAGGCACCUUCCUGUGUGAGUCUCCAGUGUUAGCCAUGCAUGAAGAAAACGUUUAUACAGUGGAGCCAAACCGAGUCCAAGUUCGAACCUGGCAGGGGACUGUGAAACAACUCCUGCCGUUUUCCGAGACAGAGGGGAACCCAUGCUUCUUUGACAUCUGUGGAAAUUUCCUGGUUGUAGGGACAGACUUGGCUCACUUUAAAAGCUUUGAUCUAUCCCGAAGAGAGGCGAAGGUGCACUGCAGCUGCAAGAGCCUGGCAGGGCUGGUCCCCGGCGUGGGGGGCAUGGCCUCCCUCAGGUGCAAUGCCAGCGGCAGCAAGAUCAGCAUCCUCCUCAGCAAGGCUGACAACAGCCCCGAUUCCAGAAUCUGCUUCUACGACGUGGAAAUGGACACAGUGACCAUCCUCGACUUCAAGAGGGGACAGAUAGAUCAGAGAGAGACGUUGCCCUUUAAUGGACAGGAGACUAAGAAAAGCCAGGCCCUCGCAGAUGAGAGGCUGAUGAAUCUCGUGCCUGUGAGCCACUUCUGGGAUCAGAGUGAGCCCAGGCUGUUUGUGUGUGAAGCCAUGCGGGAAGUGCCGGGCGCCCCGCUGCAGCCAACGGACGGGAAGGCCCUGGGCGAUGCCAGCACAGACCCCACGGCAGACGUGCUGGUCCUGUCAUUCUUCGUCUCUGAAGAGCACGGCUUCCUGUUGCAGGACAGCUUCCCCCGGCCUCCCGUCUUCCAGACGCUCCUGGGAAUCCAAGUGCCCCAUUAUUACUUCACGAGAAAGCCAGGAGAAGUGGACCUCGAGGACCAGGUGGACUCCGGGUCCCAGCACAUCCCCCAGACGGUGGGCAGGAGGCCCCUGCGGGACUUCGUGGGGCUAGAAGACUGUGACAAGCCCACGCGGGAUGCCAUGCUCAACUUCACCUUCUUCCUGGCUGUCGGGGACAUGGACGAAGCCUUCCGGUCCAUCAAGCUCAUCAAGAGCGAGGCUGUCUGGGAGAACAUGGCGCGCAUGUGCGUGAAGACCCAGCGGCUGGAUGUCGCCAAGGUGUGCCUGGGGCACAUGGGCCACGCGCGCGGAGCCCGAGCGCUGCGGGAGGCUGAGCAGGAGCCAGAGCCAGAGGCCAGGGUGGCCGUGUUGGCCAUACAGCUGGGCAUGCUGGAGGACGCAGAACAUCUGUACAAGAAAUGCGGGCGCUACGACCUCCUCAAUAGGCUCCUGCAGGCCUCGGGCCAGUGGCAGAGGGCCAUUGAGGUGGCUGAGCAACACGACCGCGUGUACCUGCGCACCACCUACUACAACUACGCUCGGCACCUGGAGGCCAGCGGGGACUGCAGCCUGGCCCUCAGCUACUACGAGAAGUCAGACACGCACCGCUUCGAGGUGCCGCGGAUGCUGGCAGAGGACCUGCAGGCCCUGGAGCUAUACGUCAACAAGAUGAAGGACAAGACCCUGUGGAGGUGGUGGGCCCAGUACCUGGAGAGCCAGGCCGAGAUGGAUGCCGCGCUUCGCUACUACGAGCUGGCGCACGACUACUUCUCUCUGGUCCGCGUUUACUGCUUCCAGGGCAACAUCCAGAAGGCUGCAGAGAUAGCCAGCGAAACCGGGAACUGGGCGGCCUCCUACCACCUGGCCCGCCAGUACGAGAGCCAGGACGAGGUGCGGCAGGCCGUGCACUUCUACACGCGCGCCCAGGCCUUCAACAAUGCCAUCCGCCUCUGUAAGGAGCACGGCCUGGAUGACCAGCUUAUGAACUUGGCCCUGCUGAGCUCCCCCAAGGACAUGAUCGAGGCCGCACGCUACUACGAGGAGAAGGGCGAGCAGAUGGACCAGGCGGUCAUGCUAUACCACAAGGCCGGCCACUUCUCCAAGGCCCUGGAGCUGGCCUUCGCCACACAGCAGUUUGUGGCCCUGCAGCUCGUGGCAGAGGACCUGGAUGAGAAGUCAGACCCCGCCCUCCUGGCCCGCUGCUCCGACUUCUUCCUGGAGCACAGUCAGUACGAGAAGGCAGUGGAGCUGCUGCUGGCCGCCAAGAAGUAUCACGAAGCCCUGCAGCUCUGCCUGGAGCAGAACUUGACCAUCACUGAGGAGAUGGCCGAAAAGAUGACGGUGUCCAAGGACUGCAAGGAGCUGUCUGAAGAGUCCCGGCGUGAGCUGCUGGAGCAGAUUGCCAGCUGCUGCAUGCGCCAGGGCAACUACCACCUGGCCACCAAGAAGUACAUGCAGGCAGGGGACAGGCUGAAGGCCAUGAGAGCACUGCUCAAGUCUGGGGACACUGAGAAAAUUGUGUUCUUUGCGGGCGUGUCGAGGCAAAAGGAGAUCUACAUCAUGGCAGCCAACUACCUGCAGUCCCUGGACUGGCGGAAGGACCCAGAGAUCGUGAAGAGCAUCAUCAGCUUCUAUACCAAGGGCCGGGCCCUGGACCUCCUGGCCGGCUUCUACGAUGCCUGUGCCCAGGACAUACACCGAGGACCCCAAGGAGUCAAUCAGGCAGUGCAAGCUGCUCCUGGAGGAGCCGGACCUGGACAGCAUCGUCCGCGUCGGGGACGUAUAUGGCUUCCUGGUAGAGCGCCACGUGCAGAUGGAGGACCUGCAGACGGCCUACAAGUACCUGGAGGAGAUGCGGAAGAGAGUGUCCUCCAUCAACGUGUCGUACUACGUGAGCCAGCGCACUGUGGACGCCGUGCACCAGGGCCUGGGCAUCCCUCUGAUGCGCACCAUGCCGGAGCAGAUGCGCCACAACAACGUGGAGGAUCACAAGGAGAUGGACGAGGAGGUGAUGGAGGAGGUGGAGAAUGGCCCCUGAGGGCCUGCUGCUGCCCAGGCUCUUCUGGGACUCGCCAGUCAUUGUCAGUAGCAGGAGGCCGACGUUCCUGGUGAAAGUUUUGUGUCUGAGUCCGUAGGCAGAGCUGUGGGAAAAUGCGCUAGCCUCCGAGGGGCAUCAGGGGGAGGGCCUCUAAGCCACCCCUUCUGAGUCCCUGACCCCUGCAGGGUUUUGUUUUAGCCCGUCGGCAGUCAAGGGAGUUGGUUCAUUUUUCCCAUGACAUUCCCCCAAGUACAGGGUGUGAAGCCUAAGAAACUGAGGGUGUCCCCAUAUUCCCGGCCCCCCCUGGCACCCACACAGGUUGCCCAGCAGUGCCUCUGACUGGUUCCCACAGGACACCCCGUCCUGACCACAGGGAGACAAUGGUUGGCACUGGGCUGCAGCGGGAGGCUCUGUCCAUCUAGGCCGUGCCCUUUCCGUCACCAGCUCCCACCGUUAAGGGGCCAUCAGGGACAGCACCAUGAUGGGGGCGGGGGGGGCCGCCUCAUGCUUUCCCACCCCCAGCUCCACCCACCAGCUGCCGAAAUUCUCCAAAUAAAGUCUGUUUUCUCGGAGGCCUGUGUCCCCUUCC